AGAAGGACGGAUGCAGGUUAGUUCCACACAUUUAUUUUUCAUUGUUAAACAUUUCCGGGUCUAUUCCAGUUCAUUUAUUUAAACAAAUUUGGAACUUUUAUCGAUAAAACUGAACAAAAAUAAAUAAAGUUUUUUUUUUCUUUCUUUUAAAUAAUUGGACCAAAAACAAAACAAACAAAACCUGCUCUGUUUUAGUGGCGUUUGGGUUUGAAAUCUUACAAGAAAUGAAUAAAUCUUGAACUAAUUCAAACAAAAACUCGUUUAUUUACUGAUCAUGUUUUUAUUUAGUAAAAAAAAUCAAAGUCUGCAGUUUUAACCAAUGGAAAUGAACGUUAGAUUUAUGGAUUCAAAGUGAAAUAUAAUCAAACUGGAUUUAUUGUUAGUAAGACCCCCGCGCGCACUGCGCAUGCGCAGCUGUGCUGAAUGAAAAUGUUCUGCAGCUUCGGUCAAAUUAAAGGAACCAGAAUGGGAGGAAACGUUAUUUGUUUUCUCAGGUGUCUUUUUAAGUCCAAGUUUUUUAUCCUAAAAUCAACAAUAAUUUAUUUACUCGCAGAAAAGAUUCUAUUUGAGCAAAAGGAUAAACAUGUUUGAAAGAGCGACAGAUGACUUUGCUAAAAGGCUGGAAUGAGUUUCUGCUGCAUCACGUGUCUGCGGUGAUGGUCGUUUUGACCUUAGAGGAAAUAAACCAUCAAUCAAUUCUGAUGGGAUUUUACAGGAUUGAUUAUCGAUCGAUCUCAUUCCGAUUAAGUAACAGUGUAGCUGGAUCUGAUUCUGCCUCAGACGGACGGAUCUGGUUGGAUCAGAGGAAUAGAAAUCUACUAACUGAUUAAUCGUUCCAGCAUAAGUGUUUAAACUUUCUCCUUUAUACUGAUUCAACCAUUAAAACAGAAAUCUACACAAUAUAUUCCUAUGAUCUUUAUGUGUGUUAGGCUGUAUCGAUCAUCGUAUCAUUAUCAAACCAUAGUAAAUAAAUAAAGCACAACUACCCAGCAUGCAUUACAGUUAUCAGUCUAAAAAACAGAACAGCGCUCAAGUGUCGAGGUUUCGUUUAUUUAAAUAGACAAUGAUAUUUCAUUUUAGCGCGUCCAUUAAACGGUGAUUUGAUCAAUAUUUUACAUUAAAAAAUACAAAAUACUAAAUGUUGAUUUAGAAAAGUCCAAAGUAUUUCCUAAAAACAUAAUGAAAAAACGAAAACCUUUAAAAAAAACAGAAAACGUUUCAUUCCCAGUAAUUUCCUAUUUUUAUAUUACAAAAACCUAAAGUUAAAAACGUAAAAACAAUAAGAUGCUUGGCUUUUCACGACGUUUGAACACGGUUUACGGCUCCAGUGAAGAACUCGACGGUUAGCAACAACGCUAAUCGUUCAAAGCAGACAAAGCCGCCUUUGUACGUUCACAAAAUGAUUAAGAAAAAGCCCGGAAAAGAUUCAUGUUGUAACGUUUUAAAACGUCAACAGUUCUCCGCUGACACGGCGGAGGAUAACCGGAGCAGCAGAGCUCGUUUUAUUCCGCUGGAUUGGCUGAAUGACAGUUUCUGUUUCCUCUGACCUUCAACUGAAGUUUAUUGAUCCGGAAACUGAAGGUCUUCAGGGGUUCAGGUUUGUUUCAACAUUUGUUUUUCUGGUUGAUGAAGAAGCUCCGACUGCAGCAGACAAGAUGAAGAAUGUGAGGGUGGCUGUGGUGGGGGCCGGGGUGGUGGGGGUCUCCACGGCGGUCUGCGUGGCAGAGACGCUCCCGUCCUGCGCCGUCACCCUGAUAGCGGAGGCCUUCAGCCCGGACACCACCAGCGACGGCGCUGCAGGGAUCCUCUUCGCUGCAGAGUUUCCAGAUGUUCCCAUAGCAACACAGAGACGCUGGUUCAAGAGCAGCUUCCAGCACCUGCUGGCCAUCGCUCAGUCGGAGCACGCGCCUGAGGCCGGGGUCACUAUGAGCUCCGGGUGGCAGAUCUUCAAGGAGGUUCCAGAGAACCAGAAGCCGUUCUGGUGGGAUCUGGUGAUCGGGUUCAGAACCAUGACCCACGAGGAGCUGCGGCGCUUCCCGGACCACAAGUUCGGUCAGGCCUUCACCACGCUGAAGUGUGAAUGUCGCUCCUACCUGCCGUGGCUGCAGAGGAGGUUCAGAGCAGCAGGAGGUCGGGUGGAGCAGAGGAGGCUCAGCAGCCUCCAGGAUGUGGGCGGUGGCUUCCACCUGGUGGUGAACUGCUCGGGUCUGGGCUCCAGGGUGCUGGCGGGCGACGUGCAGAUGGAGCCGGUCCGAGGUCAGGUCCUGCAGGUGGAGGCGCCGUGGCUGCAGCACUUCAUCCGCGACGGAGACGGGAAGACCUACAUCUACCCGGGGAUCCGCAGCGUCACCAUCGGCGGGACCCGGCAGGCGGGGGACUGGAGGCUGCAGGAGGACCGGACCGACACUGAAGGGAUCCUGGAGCGCUGCCGCCAGCUGGAGCCCUCGCUGGCCAGAGCCAAGGUUCUGAGCUGCUGGGUCGGUUUGCGGCCCGGCAGGAGGAACCCGAGGCUGGAGCGGGAGUGGCUGCAGCUCGGGGGCCGCCGGGUCCCCGUGGUCCAUAACUACGGCCACGGGGGCUGGGGGGUCACCCUGGCCUGGGGUACGGCGGAGCACGCCGUGGAGCUGGUCCGGCAGAGCCUCCGGGAGAACCUUCAGUCCAGACUGUAGAGUUCUGGUUCUGAACCAGAACUUCACGUAUAACCCAGGAUCACUUCCAGUUUGUAGGGAGGGUCGUGAAGGUUCCCUGCUGAUGCAUGCUGGGAAUAAAAAGCACUUCACCAUGAGACGCGUCUUUAAAUAAAGUUUAUUCACUUCACAGAAAAUCUGGAUUUACUCAAAACGCCUCAGAAAUAAAAGGAUUUUAUAGAAUGAAGGAUAAAA